AUGCUGGCGGCCAGUUUGCGUGUGCCUGACCACGUCCCACACUUUCCUGCGGAUGUUCCGAACGACCCACCGGUGCCCACGGUGCCCAUUGCACCAAUGGGCAUGAAUCCCCCGGCAUCCAGCGCAGCUGAACGCGCAGAGUCCUUGAAAGCAUUGCGAGGUUUGGUUGGGCCCCAUGCCUCUUCUGCUCAGCUGAAGAAUCAGCUCCAGCGCUUCUCGAAUGACCCACGCAAAGCUGCCAACGGCUACUUUCGCAGUGCCUGUGCUUGCGACCUUCCCUUCGACUUUCAACCUCGACCUUUGUGCCGCAAUAGCUCCGCCGCGGCCUUCACUGGGCCACGUCAUGCGCUCAGCUGGUUGGACCUGGAUGUGCAGCUCUUUCCGGCCCCAGCUUUCUUGCAGAUUGUGGACUGCUGGGCAUUGUUGCCAGCGUCACGAGAAGUGAAUCAGCGAGUAAUUCACCAGGAGGCAUUCUGGGCUGCGGCCUUUCAGAGCCUUGGGAUGUUCGUGCCCUAUGCUGACGUGGCUUCUGCGGCUCCGGGAGUGCGAGGUAGCUCCGUGAUGUCGGCUUCCUUUCUUCGCUUCACGGAACGCUGGCGGCAAGAACUGGGUCGCGUGUGCCCCAAGUGUGCAGCACGACAGGCCAUCGUUCCCAUCGUCUACGGCUUCCCCAGCGCACCGCUGACGGCACACUACCGCCGUGGAGCGUUGGUACUCACUGAGGUCUGUGGCUUCCUGGGUCCCUGCUGGGCAUGCCGCCGCUGUCACUUCGAAUUUGAGCAGUACCCAUAUGUUGGAGACCUGCAGCCCGUGGGAAAUGUGGUCAGAAAGUAUCCCUUCCUGCGUGUUUCUUGGAUGAAACGAUGGGCAGAGGGUGAGGUCUGCUUGGCCGCUGAUGGCGCUGUGGAAGAAAGUGAAGACGAGGAAGGUGAGGCGCCAUCUCAGUAG